AUGCGGGCAACAAUUUAUGCAAAUGAACAGAACCAUGAAGCAGCCCUGAUCCUGCACCAAGCAACAGACCUUGAGUGCUCAGCACUGACACUCCAGAUGUACCUUGCAAUGGACAGAGUUGAUCUUGCUCAGAAGGAACUGAAAGCAAUGCAGGAGAAGGAUGAUGAUUCAACAGUCACCCAGCUUGCCCAUGCAUGGUUCAACAUUGCUGUUGGAGGAAAGCUCCAGGAUGCAUUCUACAUCUUCCAGGAGCUUAUUGACAAGUCUGUUCCCACACCAUUGCUGCUCAAUGGUCAAGCUGCAUGCUUCUGGAUGUGCAAGUAUGAGGAGGCAGAGCCUGUAUUACAAAAUGCUCUGGAUAAGGAUAACGACAACCCAGAAACCCUGAUCAACCUGAUUGUCCUCUCGCAGCACACUGGAAAGCCUCCAGAAGUAUCCAGAUAUCUCAGCCAGCUGAAGGACUCUCAUGCUAGCCACCCAUUCAUGAGAGACUACCGCAAGGAGAAUGAGUUUGACAGGCUGGCUCAGCAGUAUUCCAUGAUGGUGAAGUCAUAGGUUAUGCUGUGGUUGACUUGCCAAAGUUAUCUGAGUAAAUGCAUUUGUGACUUUGUUGCUAAAAUGUUUAGAAUAAGGCUCCUGAAGGGCUGAAGUGUUGGUAAAUAUUUUAGUAGAUGUAUGUGUAGUUUCCAUUGGGAUGCCAAUUUGGUGGUGUAUGCUUUGCUUUGCUUCAUUCUUUAGUCAAUACAAGAAAUGAAUAUGU